GUUGCAAUCGCCAAAUUUGAGUGACAGAUUUGUUAAAAUAUACGAAAUAUAAGGUGGACGCUUUUUUCUUCUUUUUGCUUUUGCUGACAAAACUAAGAAUCCAAUUAAAACAAUACAAAAAAAGGCAAAAUAAUCAGAAGCAAGCAAAAAAAAUGACUCUGUUAACACUUAUUUUGAUGAUCAGUGCCAUUGCAUUGUCAUCAUUCAAUUAUUUGAAAGUUUUGUACGAAGCCAAACGAAAAGUCAAAAUUGUAACGGUUGAAACUGUAAAAGCGGCCAACGGACAACAAAAGCAAAAAAUCACCGUUAAUGAAUAUGCACAGGCGCCUGGUCCGCAACUCAUUUUGCCCGUUAUUGGAAAUCUGAUUGAGCUAGGAAAAUAUGCGGCACCAGCUAUUGCAUUUACCGAGUUAGCGAAAAAAUAUGGUGAUAUCUAUUCGAUGACGCUCGGCUCAACCCGGUGCAUUGUUGUGAACAAUUUAGACUUGAUUCGGGAGGUUCUUAAUCAAAAUGGUAAAUCAUUCGGUGCACGUCCUGAUUUCAUUCGAUUCCAUAAACUAUUUGGCGGUGAUCGCGGAAAUUCAUUGGCAUUGUGCGAUUGGUCACCGUUGCAGCAAAAACGUCGGAAUCUUGCACGCAAACACUGUUCACCACGUGAUACAUCAUCAUAUUAUGCAAAAAUGAGCGAUGUCGGCUGUAAUGAAAUGAAAGAAUUUAUGAAUAAAAUUGGUGAACGCAUUAAACCUGGCCAGGAUUUCCAUCUAAAAUCGAUGAUAAAUGAGACAUGUUUUAAUAUGUUUAGUCAGUAUAUGUGUUCAACGCGAUUUGAUUACGAUGAUACGGAAUUUCAAGGGAUUGUACGUCAUUUUGAUGAUAUAUUCUGGGAAAUAAAUCAAGGUUAUGCAGUUGAUUUUCUUCCAUGGCUCGCACCAUUCUACAAUGGGCACAUGAAACAGUUAUCCUCAUGGUCAACAAAUAUUCGCCAUUUCAUUCUCAGUCAAAUUAUCGAGCAACGUGAACGUGUAUUGAACUUAGAUGAACCGGAAAAAGAUUUUACCGAUGCAUUGCUCCGAAGUUUGGCACAAGAUCCGGAAGUUGAUCGUAACACAAUUAUUUUCAUGUUGGAAGAUUUUCUCGGCGGUCAUUCGGCCAUUGGUAAUUUGGUAAUGCUGAUCAUGGGCUACAUUGUUAUCUAUCCAGAAAUUGGUGAACGCAUUCAAAACGAAGUGGAUCGUGUCACCGAUAAUGGUUUGCGCAAAGUUACACUCUUCGAUAUCGAUAAUAUGCCAUAUACUGUGUCAACAAUUUAUGAAGUUUUACGUUAUUCAUCGUCGCCAAUUGUUCCACAUGUUGCUACCGAUGAUGUUGCCAUUUCAGGUUAUGGAAUUUCAAAAGGAACAAUUGUUUUUGUCAAUAAUUAUGAAUUGAAUACGAAUCCAAAGUAUUGGACCGAACCCGAACAAUUUAAACCGGAACGAUUUCUCGAAUAUGUACCAAUUCAUAAAAUAAAUGCUACACAUAAUGAUAAGCCAAUUGAUACAUUCAAUAGUUUGACAUCCGAAUCAGAUUCGGCUUCCGAUUCUGGUGUUGAAUGUGAUGAUAUUGAUGCCAGUAAAAUCGACGACAACGAACACACAAAAGACAAUAUAGAAAAUGCUAAAAUUACGCACAACAGUUGCAGUAGUAAGGUACGACCGAUUGACACAGCCACUUUCAUCGAUCAACCGAACGACAAUUUUAAAUUACGCGUUCGCAAAAAUAUUCCAUAUUUUCUUCCAUUCAGCAUAGGCAAACGAACAUGCAUCGGACAGAAUUUGGUGCGAGGUUUUAGUUUUAUAAUGAUAGCGAAUAUUUUACAGCAAUACAAUGUAAGCAUUAGUGAUAAGAAUCUGAUCAAAAUGUAUCCGGGAUGUGUGGCCGUUCCGACAGACACAUAUCCAAUUGCAUUAACGCCACGCAUACAUUAGGCAUUUUAUUUAUAGUUAACAUCAAAAUAGUAUUUUUUUCCUUUACUUUUUCAAUUAAAACAUUUAC